AUGAAGUUGCUGGCUGCCCUCGCUUCGGCGUUGGCAUGGGGCGUGAGCCUUGCCGAAGCCAAGGCCGUGUUUGCUCACUUCAUGGUGGGUAAUACCAAGUCCCUUGGCUUGGUCGACUGGAGACAUGAGAUCAUGACCGCACAAGCUGCAGGCAUAGAUGCCUUUGUGCUGAACAUGGCCAGCAAGGACCCCACCAACAACAUUGCCCUGCCCAUGGCCUUCACCGCGGCCGAUGACAUGGGCUUUCAGCUCCUCUUUUCAUUCGACUACGCCGGCAAUGGUCCCUGGGACAAGUCUGUCGUCAUCGACAUGAUCAAGGAAUACGGCGCCAAAGACACCUACUUCAAGACGGCCGGGAAGCCAUUCGUCUCAACCUUCGAGGGCCCCAAUAAUGCUGACGACUGGAAGGAUAUCAAGAAGGAGACUAACUGUUUCUUCAUGCCCGACUGGUCAUCUGUCGGUGCUCAGCCUGCCGUCCACCUGGGCGACGGCAUUGCCGACGGUCUCUUCAGCUGGGACGCCUGGCCGAAGGGGCCGGCCAACAUGACAACCUAUCCCGACGCCUCGUACUACGACUUUUUGGGCUCGAAGCCGUACAUGAUGCCUAUCUCUCCGUGGUUCUACACCAACCUGCCCGGCUACGAGAAGAAUUGGCUGUGGCGCGGCGACGACAUGUGGUUCUAG